CUGCUGCUCCGUCGGCUCGGCCGUCCCCACCAUGGAGCGCGAUCGGGGCCCGCGGGGCUCGGCGGUGGACCUGGGCUUCGGGGCGCUCAGCACCGCGCAGCUCCGCGCCCUCAUGCGGGACGAGACGUGGCUGGAGCGCAUCGUCAAGCUGAGCAGGAAGUUCCAGAACUUGCAGCUGGAACGGGAGAGGCGCCUGGCCUCCAACUACGCAUUGGCCAAGCAGAACCUGGCACUGCAACCACGGCUGGAGAACGGCAAGGCCUCCCUGGCCAUCAAGUAUCAGGAGCUGAGGGAACUGCGGGAGUCGUGCCGGGACAAGCAGCAGCGUCUGGGGGCCUGUAUGGCCAAGUGGACCCCCGAGAAUGCCGUGAGCAGGCUGCAAGCUGAGCUGGACGGCGUGGAGGCCAAGGUGGAGGAGCAGAUGGAGCAGUUUCUCUGCUGGGACCUCCCCGUGGAGACCUUUGUGGAGUCUUUCCAGCACGCCCGGAUGCUCUCCCACCUGCGGCGCACCCAGCUGGAGAAACUCCAGGGCGCCCUCAAACUGGAGAAACUGGAGAAGGCCAAGGACAAGCCCAGCCCCGGCAGCGAGGAGCCGCCCGCCGUCUCCCCCGCCCUCCCGGUGCCAGCGCCGCCGCCUCCACCGCCGCCUUCGGCCCAAGCCCCUCCGCCGGUGCCAAACGGGCCUCCCCCCAAGGUCUUCCAGCUGCGCUUGGCACCGGCAUUCCUCAUCCCCUCGGAGGCCAUGCUCCCCAUCCCAGUGGGGACGGGGCCCCAAAAGUGCCGCCUGCCGGCCCUGGCCACCUCGCACCCUGCCGCUCCCUUCGUGAGCUCGCCCUUGAGCCUGAUUGGACACAUCCACCUGGCACAGGCCCACCUGCCUCCCCAGCAGAAGAAGAAGGAGCCUCCGCACCGGUAG